UAAUGUUAUAAUGGCAACACUAAACCCCUCGCCAUUUUGCGAGAAUGUCAGCCAAAUCAUCAGCUUGCAUUUUUCGUUAAUUUUAUGUUGUUUUACAUUAUAGUUACAGUGAUUUUUGUUUAAAAAAGUUAUUGAACAGUUAAAUUAUCAUAAUGGAUCGUUUUAUAAGCAUGUGGAAAGUGCGGGAGCUGGCGGACAAAGUUACAAAUGUAGUAAUGAACUACACGGAGAUCGAAGGCAAGGUCCGCGAAGCGACAUCCGACGAGGCCUGGGGUCCAACCGGGCAGCAAAUGCAAGAGUUGGCCCUGGCGACCUUCACAUAUGAACACUUUCCCGAGGUCAUGUCCAUGUUAUGGCGGAGAAUGCUGCAUGAUAACCGGUCACACUGGCGAAGGACUUACAAGUGCCUACUCCUGCUGAGCUACCUGGUGCGAAACGGCUCGGAGCGAGUGGUCACAUCGGCUCGGGAACACAUAUACGAUCUACGCUCACUAGAGAACUACACUUAUGUGGACGACGUGGGCAAAGACCAGGGUAUCAAUGUCCGCCACAAGGUGCGUGAGUUGAUCGACUUUAUCCAAGAUGAUGACAAACUGAGAGAGGAGAGAAAAAAGGCUAAGAAGAAUAAGGACAAAUAUAUCGGCAUGUCGUCGGAGGCGGGCGCGCGCGGGGGUGGCGGGGGGGGCGGGGCGGGCGGCUGGGGCGAGUACAGCGACCGCGGCAACUGGGACGAGCCAAAAGAAAGAAACGACGAAGAAGAUUACGAUCGAGCAGAUGAUUCCGAUGGUGACUAUAGUCACGGGUCUAGCCAUGCUAGCGCCAGGAAACCUAACAAAGAAAACGUAUAUCGAGACGACGGCGCCGGCAGUCCUCCGCCUCGCUCACUCAGCUCACGCUCGGGCGAGCGCGAGCGAGACCGCGACACCGAGGGCUACGUCAGCGCGGCCGGGCUUCCUUCCCCGACGGGACUCGGCUCUUCAACCGGACUCGGCUCUUCGGGCAACACGCUGAAUAUCAGUUUAAAGAGCCCGGCCAAGACUAAGAGCAGUACGCCUAGCAAAAAGAUUGAUUUAGGCGCUGCCGCGAGCUACGGCAAGUCCGCGCCCGCUCCCGCGCCCGCGCCCGCGCCCGCUCCCGCUCCCGCCCACAACCAGUCGCAGGAGCUGUUGGACGACUUGUUCAAGACUUGUCCCGUACCGCUCGCCCCGGGUGGACUUAUUGAAGACGACUUCGACCCCAGGGCCGAAGAUCCCAAACCGGUACCAACCAACUCCAGCGAGUUCGGAGACUUCACCAACGCCUUCGGAGUCCCCGAGCCUGCCACCAACGAUGGCUUCGCUGACUUCAGCAGCGCCUUCACCGGAGCCCCGGGCAGCUUUGGGGCACCCGCUGCCUUUGGGGCUCCGGCUAGUAACAGUUUUGGAGCGCCAGCAAUGAGCAACAGUUUUGUGGCAAAUGUUACUACACCGGUUAAUAAUAAUGCUGCACCUCCGGCCCCACCUGCGGCAUCGAACCUGGACCUGCUGAGCUCGCUGGCCCCCCACCCCGUCCCCCCGCCGGGCUUCACCGCCCUGCACGACCUGUCGUCACAGCUGGCUGAGGUCACGCUCCAACCCACACUGACUGAGAAUGAAAAAACGAAAAGCGACCUCCGCAGAGAGUUGAGGACACUUGUAGACGCUUUACAUGGAGUUGAACGAGUGAGCUCCGCCAGCCAAGCGAAAAAACUGGCUUCGUACCUCGAAGAAGUUCUCAAGUUCCUCCCCGGACCCAUCACAGUACAAAAGCUAAGCCGGAUCGAUGAAAAAUCCUUCGACUGUGAAAUUUUAGAAGUGUUUGUACAGUGUUUAAGCAGUGUAGUGCGUGUUUUGAUAUCAUCCUGGCCGCUUCUCAAGAAUGAAAUCACGAGCUUGUUCACCGUUGAAGAAAACUUUGAGGUUAGUCAAGAAACCCUAUCCGUUAUGUGCGGAUUUUUGAAAAAUGAAAGUAACGAAGUUACUCUAAACGCUUUGGCGUCAAUUUUGACAGAUUAUGUUAAAAGUGAUGCAGUUUUGACUGCUAUUAUUGACUGUAGUAGUGUCAAAUUUGAUGACGUAAGUGAGCAGUAUAAACAGCAAAAUGAAUGGGAGAGUUAUGUUCAACUCCUGGUGACAUUACCAGAAAGAAUUGCUAAUAAAUUAGAGAAAAACACACCCAAGAAUUUCUCGCAUGAGAACUAUUCUUACAAUUUGAUCUUUCACAUAAUAAGAAGCAUGGAUUAUAUGACUGAGUCUAGUUACGCACAGAAUAUACAGUAUGACGUUUCGUACUUGUCGUUUUUGGUGUCGAAAGUGAUAAUUAAUUACAAUAUGAGCGGUAAUUCGGACGCCAUUUUCAAAUUCAUAGACACGCUUAUCGCUUGGGUGACCAAUGAAACUGAUACUAUGUUUAUUAGGCGGAAACUCAUACAAAAAAUGUUCUUCCACUUAAACAGACAAGCCAUAGAUUUCAUCUCACUGACAUUGCUAUACCGAUCAACUAUAGACUAUACAAAAACUGAACAAGCAAUUUUACAUGUGCUUGGAGACAAUUUCGAUCAGAAUAAAGACUGGAAGGAAAUUCUAACUUAUAGAAUACCUUUAUACAUUCAUCCGAAAGACUACAAAGAUACCACUAUUCCAGAAAACUUGAUAUACUAUCUAUCUACUACAAAAGAUAGCAAAGUUUUGACUGAAUUAGUUUUGAAAGUAAGUAGCGUCUGGUCAGAUGUGAAACACUCAAAUGUAACUAACAUAACACAUCAUAUGUAUACUUCACAAUUACUGAUUCUUGCCAUCAAAUAUUCUGUUAUUAUUCAUAUCGAGAACAAAGAAAACUGGUCGUUAAAUGAAUUAAAAACAGUCCUUUAUAAAGGCAUGUCAAAACAUCUUGAUGUAAUGUCACAAGAAUUCAGGUGUAUUGGAAUGGCCACUAUUGAGAUUAUAUUGAAAUUAUUGGCAGAAUUAGAUGAUACUGACAAAGCUGCAGAGAAACUAAGCUUUGAUUAUAAAGAAAUGGGACAAAGUUGUGUCGAAAUACACAAUCAGCUCAAAGAAUUAACGCAUAAAUGCAUAAUAGACGCAAAGCGAAAAAUACCAAAGGAUUUCAAGCCGAAAUCCAUAGAUUUGAGAGGAAUUCUCGAUCUAAUCGCUAUGAAAGUGAUAGAUGAAACCCAUAGACCCGUCCAUAAUAAUACUAUAAUAACCUGUGCUGUUAAAAGCCCGGAGCAAACUAAAGAAAUCGUCAAAACGAUCAUUUCUGUCAAACUUGACGCUCUAGAUAAAAGCAAGACUUUGUCAGAGGAUUUAGACUCAGAUGAUGAUCUGCAACCUUACGAUAUGUCAAACGACAUAGCGAUCGCUGAUAAAAAUAGACCAGCAUAUGUCAGAGAUUUAAUAGAGCCCAUAACUGAGGCUAAAGAUGCAGAAAUAUUCGAAACAGCAGUGGAAUCAGCUGAAGAAAUAAUCACUAAACAGCUUAAAAACGAAGAUCAUAAAUUGGCCACAGAAUUACUAGAUCUCUUCAUACAUUUGGAUGCUAAAUUCCAUGUAGACGAUUUUGAUAACAUCAAAUUUAAUACAGCUGUCGCUAUACUAUGCAGUCAGCCUAAAGUUUGCGCUGAGCAUAUUUGUAAAGAGAUUCAUACAGACGUCGGAAGAUACUCUAUUGCGACAAAAAUCUUCAUGCUAGACGUAUUUUCUGAAGCAGCCAAUAGAAUUGCCGAUAUCAGACUUCAAAAUGAACCAAAAUUAGUCAAACCUGAUGUUGUAAAUCAAGAAGAAGAAAGCGUUUCAGCAGAGGAAAUCAUACGACGCAGACUUAUACAGAAAACUAAAUAUUAUCACUCAAAACGACCACAUCCUUUCGCUAAAGCAAAAAAGAAUCAAUUUGCUGCAGUUGCUGAUAGUUUCUUUUAUCCUUUAGUUGGUGGAUUUGGAAUAAGACAGCUAUCUCUAAGCCAUCAGAACCAAAAGCAAGAUAUUGAUAACAUUUUGCUGUUCAAAUACUUGUCAGUGAUCGGGAACAUAAUUCUAGCAUCGAAAAAUUGUCCUAAAUGCCCGAGCUACUGCUGGGAUGUCGUCCAAAUGAUUCUAUAUCUCCGAUACACACCGGACCCAAAGAUACAGUCGUGCGUUAUAGCUAUGUUAGCCAGUGUGAUUAUAGCUUUACCGCAAUCUAUACUGCGGAGCGAAUUCGUACAACCCAUGUCUGAGCUUCGCGCUUGGUUGGAAGAUAUGAUACGGGUGGAUAUAACUUCACGGUUAAACAGUCCUGCAUCGGAAACAGCCAUAUUCGCGGCUCAAGUAAUUUCUUUACUAGAGAAUAACUUAGGUGAUGUAGGACUCAAUCAGGCUCAGUCCAAACGUCUGAUGUUUAAAGACUAUGAAUUUAUAUCGCCUAACUGUAUCCAACCAACGCCCGUCGACUUCCUGCAACCAACGGCAACUAACCAGGUUACCAAACCUGCGACCAAGCUCGGUGCAACCUGGGCCGACACCACCGGCGCCAUCAACCUAGACUUAGACAACCUACUAGCCCCUAGGUCACCUAAAGCGGGUCCUGCACCUACUAUAAAUCAGUUAAAGUCUAGCCCGAAUAGCCCAGCUAAACAACCUAAUAUGAUGCCAAUGUCAUUCCAAUAUCAACAGCCUAUGAACAUGAACUUAAAUAAUAAUUUUGCUCCCAACAGGGCACAGUUUAAUCAGAACCUUUUACAAUGAUAUUGGUUAAUGGCUGAUCCAUGCCAGAAUGGUUAGGUUGAGGUUUUUGAGCAAUGAAAUUGUUUUUUGGGGAAAAUGUGCUCAAUUUUGUGCUUUUAUAAAUCUACUUAAUUUAAAAAAAAUCGUCAUUUUCAUUCCCAAACUAUUGUAGUAAUUAUUUUUACUAUCAAAAGGGAAGAAACUGUUUUUCCUUUAUGGACAUGUCCAAUUUUUUCAUUGCUCUAAAAAGUCUAAAAUCCAAAUAAUUUAAUAUUAGAAAUUGAAGUUGGGUUUUGGAAUGUUGAAGUUUUCUACGGUUUAGAUAUUAAUGAUGCAACAAUAGUACGCAGGGUCAACCGAGACAUACUGCAAAAUAUGCCAAAAUAGAGUUAAUAAACCAAUCAGGUCUCUAACUAUAACUGAGAUGUAUGAGUACAUAAACGAAAAAAGCUAUUCAAAGAAGUUCAGAUCAUCCUCAUGCUUGCGUCUCGAAGGGACGGCCCGGCGCGACCUAAAUUUCACAUAAAAUCAUAGGUGAUUUGCAUCAAUAACUUUCUUUACACAUAAGCACACAACGCCUAUAAAAUUUGCCUGCAAAAAUCACCUGGACUUUUAAAUAAUUGUAUUUUGUUUCUGUUUGCUGAUCCUAUAUCGCGUCAGUAGGAAGCGAGGGGUGAUGUAAGAAUGUGCCGUUGCAUUUUCAGAUUACAGAUGUUACUAUUUGAUUCAUGUCAGUCGUCGGUCAAAUCUGAAAUUAGAUACUACUUACCCUUUUAUACAAGGUGCGGCUUCACCGCGGAUUUGCGAAUGCUGCGAUAUGAUUGGCAAAAAUAUGCGCGAAGAUAAAAAUGCAUCGUUGUUAUUAAAGUAGUAUUGUACAUAUAGUUCGGCAGUGGUGCAUAUCAGCCUUUAUCAGAGGAUAUUAUGUAUGCAUGUACAUAAGAUUGCGAUGUGCAAUAUGUAAGGAUCUUAAGUUUUCCUUUUUUGGUUAAGAAAUGUUUAUGUAAAUUAGUCUUCGGCCGGAUUUGACCAAACUGAGAUAACUUUGUCUAAGGUUGGUCAAAUUGAUAGGUAUUAGUCAAAAAACUACAUGUUUUUCUAUAUCUAUAGUGAAAUAUGUAAUUGUUUGAUUGAGCCAAUAGACCGCGAGCAAGGCGCAAAUUUCGUCAGUCAUCGCCUCCCAGGCGAAAACUCGUAGAGCGGUUAACAGCUAUGUAUGAUGAACCCUCGUGAACGUCAGCUGCCGCUCCGUUGGUGGGUUGAGGAAUGGCAGCGAUCGAAACGCGAAACACGGUCUUUCCACCGCGAUACAACCGGCUGACGAUUUGUUUUAUUAACAAUAGCAUCUAAACUAUCGUCUGACAAAGUAUCAAACGGGAGGCGAUGACGACGAUGACUGAAAAGAAUUUUCUUUUUUACAUGUUCAUGUGACCAGCUGACUGUCUUUCCACAGCGAUACAAUCGUUAUUAUGUUAUUAAUGUUGACUUUUGUGUAAAAAAAUGACUGUAUAAUUGCUUCAAACGCUAUAUAUAUACGCUGUACUGUACAUUCCUUGUAAUGUCCUUAAUACUAAGAAUUCCUUUAUAAAACAUUUUCAUUUAAUUCAUUUCAUUUCAUAAAUCACGUUUUAUUUUAACCUGAUGUGUCUUGAUAAUUAUUUAAUCGGUUUUAAGUCGUUUUCAUGAUAGAAGUAGGACAAAAACGUGGCACUGUGUAGAUAACGCCUAAAGUGCUCUCAAUGUGCUAAAUAUCACCAUUGAUCGAAAGCUUGCAAAGGUAAUUCUUGUAUUUCGAUGCAUGUUAGUUUAUAAUAGCGUAUACUGUAAGUACUGCCAUAUUACACGAUGUAAUUACAAGAUAAAUCAUGUGUAAUAACUGUAAAUUUUUACAUCAAGCAAAUACAUAGAACAUUAUUUCUAUGUGGGAAUAUUUGAAGCAUGACUUUAAAGGAAUAGUUUCACAUUUACCUAACGUAAUAACCGAAAACGGUCGACCUAGGUCUUUUCAAUCUGUAUGUCCGUUACCUCUUCACGCUUAAAUCGCUAAACCGAUUUAGUUGAAAUUUGGUAUACAGAUGGUUUGUCCCGGGGAUGGACAUAGGAUACUUUUUAUCCCAGAACUCGCCCCUCAAGGGGGUGAAAAAUUGUAUGGGGUAUCAAUAACCGCUGAACCGAUUUAGAUGAAACUUGGUAUGGGGAUAGUUUGAGCUGUGGGGAAGGAUAUAGAAUAAUUUUUAUCCCCGAAAUCAUCCCUUAAGGAUUGUAAAUAAUGGGAUGGAAAUUUAUAGAGUGGACCAAUUUGGGGGUGAAAAAGGAUGGAUCUAAAAGCAGAUUUGUUUAAAAAUUAAGGUACCUACCCAAAUUACUAAUUCCAUUUCUAAGUUACAUAAACCAAAGAGGUUUACAAUAGUGGCAUACUGGCAAAAGUUGUAUGAAUAUUUAAAGUGAAUAAAUAAAUUCAAAAAAAAAAAAAAAGUCGCGGGCAAAAGCUAGUAUGUCAUAUUUUUUUCGAUUGAAAUUUGAUGAAAAUUUUUUGUUGCGUCGUUUUAACUAAUAAAUUUGCUAUUUUAUCCAUUUUAUCUCCACCACGAUCAAUGGAUCAUGUAUGAAUACUAAGUCGAAUUAUGGAUACCUUUACCAUCGCGUCAUUAGAUAGACAAAUACAAUAUGGACAUAAUCGGAAAGCUCAAUAUAAAAAAAAACGUAAACGUUGAGAUAAUGAUUUUAUUAAAUAUAAAAACCGUUUUUAUGAUAUAGCGAAGUUAAUGUUUUAGAUGGUUGUAACCUUUGAAUAUUAUUAGUACCAAUAGGUGCCCAAAUUAUCAUUGGCUGGUUUAAGCUUAUAUUGCAUAUUCAGAAGUAAUAAGUUGACUUCAUAUUACUUAAAUCAGUUGGGGCAUUUGCGUUUUCUUGAAUAUAUUGCUCUAUAAGAAAAUAUAAGCCAUUUUCAACCAAAAGGGUACUUAUUGUCGCUUGUCAGUAAGGCGCUAUUUCCAUAUAGCUUCAAUUAGAAAUCAACCUUAUCAACAAGCGACAAUGUGGUACCUUUAGGUUGAAAACGUCACAUAUUUCUUGCUAUGGAAGGAUAAUUGCAUAAAGUCAGAAAGGGUUGAAGUCAAAACAAAUACUUACAUCUUACAUAAUUAAAAAUUCGCAUUCGCCCUAAACUGAAAAAGGUAGUCGCCAUCAGAUAUAUCGGAGCGGCCAAGGUGCUCACAAAUAUCUGAACACGACUAUUGUCGAGGCGGCAGAGUGCGUGUUUACUUAUUGUUUAGAUGAUCAAUGGUGACUUUGCUGUCAACGACAGUUUGAUUAUCGACCUAGAAACGUAAGUGAAGCCGCGUUUUCUUUGUGUUCCCAUCAAACAUUUGUGACGUUUUCAAUCAAUAGGUACCACAUUGUCGCUUAACAUAAGUACGAAAUUAGAUUGUAUCUUUAUACGAAUAACCUGUCAGAGCGUCCUUAUGGCAAGCGGCAAUGGUACCUUUUGAUUGAAAACGACACCUUUUUGUUUUAUGCAAAUGUUUUCGCUUCCCAUUCACUAUUGAUGCAAGUGUUGCCAUAUAUGAACGGAUGAUUGCUCGCUCAGAACUGUUCAGAACAGUAGGUACCUAAGUGAAAACGCCACUUCAGAUGACUAGUUCAUGCGACUUCAUGGAUAAAAGAACGACUAAUUUAAGACGAAAGUGGAGGAGCCGCGCGAAAUCGCCUUUUCAUACAAACGUAGUCUUCAUUUUCCUCUCUGGACAUUUUCGAAAAUAUGUGUCGUUUUCAAGCAAAAGGUACCACAUUGUCGCUUGCCAUAAGGACGCUCUGACAGGUUUUUCGUAUAAAGAUACAAGCAAUUUUCGUCCUCAUGGUAAGCGACAAUGUGGUACCUUUUGAUUGAAAACGUCACAUAUGUUGACUCAAUUUGUUGUAUACCAACCACAGCUAUGCCCCUAUUAAGUUUGAUUUUUUUUUAAUUUUUAAUUAUAAUACAAGUUAGGAGCAUUUAAAAUUUUGUAUAAAAUCUGUUUUUCGCUCCUAAUUUUUACAAUAAUCUAAAAAAGUCAAACGUACGGCCAUAGCUAUGUUAAAUAUACAUAAAAUUAUUUAAAAAUAUUUUCCAUAAUGUCAAUAUCCAGAGAGGAAAAUGGGGCCUACGUUUGUAUGGAGAAUCGACCGUCCCCUUUCCUCUUAUUAUUAUUCCGUAAAUAUUUAAAGCACGGCAAUUUGCAGCAAUUGCUCAGUUUUAUUUGGUUUUAUCAGCUUAUGCUCCAAAUUCUGGUAAGUUUGCUAAAUCCGGUAUGAAGUUAAAAAAUAAAAUUAGUCAAGAAGUACCUUUAAAGCAGGUUCGACUAGUUUGGUGUUACGAUAGAAUAUUUUUUAUACCAGCUUCUGAUAAUAAUCUUAGUAGUGUCAAAACUUAGCGGUAAGUAAAAUAAGUGUUGUUGCGUAUUCUUGGCGGUAUAAAUAAAUUUAGGCUAUCAAGAUCUAACUUUUGGGCUUAAAAAAAGCUCUGAAAUUAUGUGCCUAGGAAUACCUGUUCUAAGGUUGGUUAUUCGGUUCUACAGAUACAGACUGGAGCGUUAUAAAUUCUCCCGAAAGUUAGGUUAAAAUUAGUCUGAAUUAAUUUUUCACUAAUGAUACCGUUUUAUCGUGUUAAGGAAAUGUAAAUUAUAAAAUGGUAAACGAAUGAUGUGAAAUGUAUACUGCAUGUACUUAUUUAGGUAGAUUUUAGAGUUUUGAAUGAUUCACGGUUAGUUUCACUAGACUUAUAUUGACCGGGAUAUAGACCGUGAUUACCUUUUGUCACCCGCUAUCCCGCUAUCUUCAGUCACCCGUGAACAUGAUGCAUGUAACUGCGUCGAAAUAUCGGGAGCUCACAAAUAAUACAAAAGGUAAUCACGGUCUAUAUCCCGGUCAAUAUAAGUCUAGGUAGAUUUUGUUUAUAUUUUUUAUGCGAAAUGUAUUAUUUAGCCAUCCACUUUUCAAAUGUUUUCUGCGUCACUUGUUAGGGUGGCUUUAAAUCGUAUAGUUUCUUAAUCAUUAGAUAUUAUGUAUUAUGUUAAAAAUUCCACUUGUCUACAAAAUUCUGCAAAUUAUGCAUUUAAUUUCAUUCCGAAUGUACCUAGUAUUUUUGGUAGAACUGAGUUGUGCAUUAGGCAGCUAUAAUAUUGUAAUAGUCCCAAUUAUGUUUUGUAUUUAACCAGAUAAAACAUUUAGCUGAGUAGGUACUUUAAUUUUUAGCAGUUGAUUAAUAACGAGUUAGAUUUACAAAAACCUUUCAACAUUUUAAAAUGGUUUUGACUGUAAAAGUCUCGGUCAAAACUGGUUUUAAAUGCUCAAAGACUAAAGCGCUUUACACAUCUUAUACUUUAUUCAUAAUCCUAAAACCGCGUUUAGAAAGUCACUACAGUAACUAUAUUUUUUUAGGAUGCCAGUUAAGACGACUGAAAUAAGGUGUGCGAAGCGUUUAAGCUGGCUUGAAUGCAUAAAUCGUAUUCCCACGUCAUCACUUGUUAUUAUUUAGGUACGACAUAUUUCCUAUAUAGGUAUUUAUAGGACUAGUUCACUUACUCAUUAUUAUUUACAACGACGGGACUUAAUCGCGUAAAAUAGUUUUAAAAUAAUAAUAGUUUAUUGCGGGUAGUUCGAAAAACUCGCGCGCCUAGAAGAUGUUGAUGUCAACUUUAGCCAGUCUUCUCCGAGACCACGGGGACAACGCCGUCCUCGAAACGUCGGAGGUAAAUUUAAAACUAUUUUACGCGAUUAAAUCCCGUCGUUGUAAAUAAUAAUGAGUAAAAAUCGUGAAAGUUUAAAUCAGUGUAGUUCACUUACUUCUGCAAAGUUCUUUAUAAUUCUGAAAAAAAAAAAUAACAACCGUAGAAAGAGUAAGGGUCGCAUAAAAAAAAUCACCAUUGGGACCAAUGCUCAAAAUUGCUAGAUAAAAUAUAUUUUCCUGGAACGUAGUAAUUCUCCACUCUUACUUCAGUGGUUAUGAACCAAUCAUAUACUCGUAUAAUCCUGCAAUACCCUGGUAACCAUGUAAACUAAAAUCCUCCUCAAAACAGUCCCCGAACAUGUAGUCUAUUUUAUAUGGAUAAUACGCCUCACAAAAAAAGUGGCUCAGUUAUUCAGCCAAUGAGGUACAUUUUGUUUCUAUGGAAUUAUAUCAUUGGCCGAAACACGAGUACGCGAUUUUUUGUUACGUCUUUAAUAUCCAUAUGGAGUAGAUUUUUUUAUAGUUUUGCAGUUAUAUGACGUGCUUUUGUAAUUCCUGGUGCAUACUUCGUUUUUACAAUAAUUUUGUCGUGUACUACUUAUUUAAAAUAUAACUAAUCAUUCAACUGAAAUGAAGCCUGUUUGGCCUGAUCUUUCAAAUGCCAGAUAAGGUAUUGUUAGAUUAUAUACAUUUCACGGAAGCUAUUGAAUUUACUAAAAUUAUAAAUUACGCGGAACAAAUGUUCAUACAUUUAAAUAUCAAUGGAUUGAAAAACAAACCCUUAGAGAUUUGAAUUUAGUUUAAGUAUCAUGUAGUCAUUGAACUAUUAUUACUAAAGUAUAGAACCGGCACAGAGAACCAGUAUUUUGCGCCAUGACUUGGUGUCGUUUUGGCAUCAACCAUAGAAGCGGAGCGUGAAUCUCGCGACCUAAACGCGUAAGCGCCAUGAAUUUUUACAGCGCUUACGACGUUUUGGUCGCGUGGUACAGUCGCCAUCAGAUAUAUAGGAGCGGCCGAGGUGCUCAAAAAUAUCUGAACACGCCUCUAACGUCUUGACAAUAGAGGCGUGUUCAGAUAUUUGUGAGCACCUUGGCCGCUCCUAUAUAUCUGAUGGCGACUGUACAGGUUGUGAUUGCGACAAUUUCAUUGUUUGGUAUGUCGUCUCUAUAGUCUAUAGUAAUAUUAACUCAAUGUGUAGAGUGUAUAUAAUUUCUAUAGUUCUUCCACUUAUUUCAAAUGAAAUGGAUAUUUAAAAGCAAUAAUUACAAUUAAAUUUUAUUUCUAGUUGAUUAUUAUAAAUAUUUUAUUUUUAGUUUAGUUUUCAAUGUUACGCAGUUACUGUAACACGCUUAAUGAUAUAGUUUUCUAAAUAAAACAAUGUUGAACUAACUUUGUGACUUAACUUAAAAUUAUUUGAAUUGAAUAUACACUGUCAUAUUGGCUAUGUGCAGUGACUGGUGGGUAGUAAAAUUCAUCACAGCGGACGCUGUGGCUUAAAUGCCCAACAUAUACAAUACACAACAACGCCCGACCGUAUCAUGCACAUAGCCAAUAAAAUUGCAUUUCUGUUACUUUUUUUGCAACCGUCUAAAAAUUAUUUUGAGUUAGGUCACUUUUCUAUAAAUAUUAUUGGGUUUUCUAUAUCAUUAAUCGUGGACACUUGGACAGUAUUCGCACAAAAUAUCAAGUGUAUGUUUUAAUGGAGUAUAUUAAAAGUGGUUAUCAUAAAAGUAACGAAUUUUUAGAGUAACUAACAUCACAUGUUGGUUUGACCGGUGGGUCGGAAUUGGCGUUUAUUGUAAAUUUGAGGACAAUUAUAUUAAAUAUACAUGAAUAAAUAAUAUAAUACCCA